GGCGAGAGAGGCUGCGUGGAGACGUGGAUGGCGAUGGGCGUGAGAGGAUCCAGCCGAAGCCCACCUGCCCGGGGCGAGGAGAGAGAGGAGAGAGGCCCUGAGGCUGGCUUCCAGCUAAUGCAGCCCUCAAAGGACUUGAGCCUCUGCUUUCUGCAGAAAUAAGGCUCUCAACUUCAAACCUUGCUGGGGAAAGCAAUGUCGCUAUACCUCGGCCAUGGUGAAGCUGGGUGCCAGUGUCUCUGAGAAGCCUGAAAAGGAGCAGCACGAAGGUGGUGAUGACUUCGAUAAUGUUCCCUUGAUAACCCCGCUGGAUGCUGGCCAGCUGCAGCAGCCUUUCCCAGACAAGAUGAUUGUCAAGACCCGGACAGAAUAUAAGCUCCAGCAGCAGCAGCAGAGGAAGUUGUACAUCCCAGGGAUUAAAAAGCUGAAUGUAAAUCUCUAUGAUGAAGUAUCAGAAAAAGUCAAGCUGACGGGGCUUAUUCUUGUCACAAUGGCAUUCCUUGCCUGCCUCCUCAUGCUCGUCAUGUACAAGGCCUUGUGGUAUGAUCAGCUGAGCUGCCCUGAGGGCUUCGUGUUCAAGCACAAGCGCUGCAACCCAGCAGUCCUAGAGAUGUACUACUCGGAGCAGGAGACCGGACCUCAGGGAAGUCUCUACAUGGCCAUCAACCAUUUCAGUCAAGGCAAGAAGAGCAUCCCAGAUCUGCCAUCCCCAUGGAUGCCAGCAGUUAGUGCCCUGAAAGAGGCUGAGAAUGGCAAAGAAGCGAUAGGAAGCCAUCAGGAAUAGGGCAGGGCUCUAGCACACUCGCCAGCUCUUGCUCCACAGGGCGUAACCCAGUCAACACCAGUCCUGUUUCCAAAACCAAGCAUGCAAAAGACAGCCCUGAGUGGGUGUGGGGCUGGGUUUGUUGUGUCCUGUGGGAUCUCAUUGUUUCCCCACUUGUCUCCCAUCAGUCGGAACAGCGUUGUCCAAAUGGUUAUUGCUUACAUUUUCCCUGUUUGUGUCUGUAGCUGCCAGAAGGCAGGAUCACGCCACAGAAACCCUCUGCUGCUCAUGGUUUUCAGCUUCUCCAUGGACCAUUUGAACAGACUGAAUUGUAGCCCUCCCUUGCCGAGUGCCAGGGCUACCUGUGUCUGACAGCCACUUUCAGCUGUGAGCACCAGGAGGACCAUUCAUCAAAAGCAUUGCUUCAGUUUUGCUUCUUCUCUUUUGGGCAUCACAGCUGCUGGUUGUCCGAGACAAGGAGAGGGGAGAUGCAAGCUCUGGGAAGGCCAGGGUUACAGCAGCCCUUUGCAGCUGAGCCUGUUGAUGCUGCUGUAUAGAGACAGCAGAUGUUAACAUGCCCUGCAUUUUACUUUGAGCCCUUUGCUGAUCUCAUUUGAGAAAGCCGUUGUGAACUGCAAGGCUAAAACUGACUCCAUUUACUUCCAGUGCUUCUGGAUAGGGUCUUGUCUUGUUUUAUUCAGCGCCUUAAAGUGCGUAUCCUGUGGCUGGCAUGACCUUGUGUUUGCCCCUCUGCAUUUCGGCUGCUGCAGUAAUGCAAUGGUGCUUCUCCCACACCGUGUAUUUCUCUAAAAAUUGUGAUCCUUGCCUCAAGGUGAGCUCUAGCAGGUUUUUUGAAGAGCCGAAAGGAAUGUGAUGAUGGGCUGCUUUUCUGUAAGCAACAAUAAAUGUGUGUUCUUGUCCCAACA